CCGCAACGCGAUUCCGCUCAUUUCAAAUUUUCAAACUCCCGAGAGCGGUUGCGGCGGUGUCGAUACAGCGGCUCCUGAAUCCAUCCGAAUCCGAAAGCGAAUCGCAUCCAGCCAAGAUAUCCUAUCGUGCAACUGAAACCCGAAUCCGAGUUCGAAACGAAUCGCAGUGGUGGUUCCUCUCUCGCUCUCUAGUUCUCCCUCUCUCUCGCGUGUGUGAGUGUGUGCGAGUGGCAGGAAAAGUGCGAAGCCGAAAUCUUUUCAGCUGAAAGAAAGCGCAACAUCAAGUAGCGAAAGAAAAGCGGAUCGAAAAGAAAAAACCAAAAAAAACCAAAAGCAACAAAUCGAAAUGGCAAGCGAAGUGGCCCAAAUACCCGCCGAGGAAACGCCCGCAGUGGCGUCGGCGGAAAAGUCAGAGGAGCCGGAAAAGUCUGCGGCUCCGCCAGCGGACUCCUCGGCCGCUCCAGCUGCCGCCCCUGCAGUGGAAAAGGCAGAGGAUGCCGACGGUGAAAAGAAGGACGGCGAGGCCGGAAAGCAGGAUAAGCAGCAGGAUGGAGAGGAGCCCAAAAAGGACGAGGCGGUAGCAGCCCCAGUCGCGGCCAAAUCGGAAGCCCCGCCCGCCCAGAAAUUCAAUGUGCACAAGACCAACUUCGAGAAGGACAUCAUCUAUCUGUACCAGUUCUCGCGCACCCCGCUGCUGCCCUCCCUGUCGCCCUACUGCCUGAAGGUGGAGACCUGGCUGCGUCUUGUGGGCCUGAAAUACGAGAAUGUUGAUCACAAGAUGCGCUUCCGCUCCAAGAAGGGUCAGCUGCCGUUCAUUGAGCUGAAUGGAGAGGAAAUCGCCGAUUCGGCCAUUAUCAUCAAGGAACUGUCGUCCAAAUACGAAAAGAACCUGGACUCGGGACUCACCGCCGAGCAGAGGAAUGUCUCGUACGCCACAAUUGCCAUGCUGGAGAACCAUCUCAUCUGGAUCAUCUUCUACUGGCGCGCCAAGUAUCCGGACAAUGUACUCAAGGGCUACAAGGUCAACUUGCAGCACGCCCUCGGCCUGCGGCUGCCCAACUCGAUUCUGAACUUCUUCUUUAAGAUCACCUUUGGUCGCAAGUGGUUCCAGGGCACAAAGAAGCUGAAGGCGCACGGUAUCGGUGUCCACAGCGCCGAGGAAAUCGAGGAGUUCGGCAAGAACGACUUGAAGGUUCUUAGCGAGAUGCUCGACUGUAAGCCGUUCUUCUUCGGCGACGAGCCCACCACCCUGGAUGUGGUGGCCUUCGCGGUCCUGUCGCAGCUUCACUAUCUGUCCAAGGACAUUGCGUAUCCGCUGCGUGACUAUAUGACCGAGAAGUGCCCCAACUUGAUUGGCCACGUUUCUCGCAUGAAGGACAAGUGCUUCCCCGACUGGGACGAGAUCUGCACGAAGCUGGACCUCAAUGCGCACAUUCCCAAGCCAGAGCCCGAGACCAAGGAGGGCAAGGAGGGUGGCGAGCAGGAGAAAUCAAACGAACAGGAGGGCACUGAAGGCGACAAGAUCGAGAAGGAGUUGGAGAAGGACAAGUCAAACGAGAAGGAGUCGACCGAGGAGAACAAAGAAAAGGAGGAAACAAAGUAAAUUCGCCGUUAGUUAUAUGCGUACAUAUAUCUAGUAUAUGUGUAUGAUCGAAGGAAACAAAAACACCCACAUACACACACAUUAUAUAUAUAUACAUAUGUAGUACGAUACUAUAUAGUAAGGCCCUAUAUAGCUAGGCGCUACGCUCUCAUAUAUAAGCAUUCAGACAUCAGAAAACCACUCGAAAAA